CAUGCAGGAGCUGCUGCGCAGCCAGCGCCGCGGGCAGCGGGACCGGCACGACCCCGACCCCGAGCGCCAGCCCGGCCCCGAGCCGCCCGCCGCCCCGCGGGACGCGCCCCGCCACGAUGCCACAGCUGCCCGCCGGGCUCGGGGCAGCGAGAGCGCAGAGGGAUCGGGGGGCCUGAACCCUGCUGAGCUGACCUCCAUCCAGUGCAAGAACGUCCCUGAUCACCUCAACGACAGGACGGUGCUGGAGAAGCACUUCGGGCAGUUUGGGAAAGUCCGACGGGUCCUGACAAGACGCAAUAAAAAAAUGGCUGUUGUCCACUUUUUUGAUCACGUGAGUAUCGAGAGCGAUGGGUGUAGGAGCAGGCGUGGGUCUAAGUGCCCGGGACAGGGCCUACUCCGCUGAGA